ACCUCCAUAACCCCCAUAACCCCCAUAACCCCCAUAACCCUCUCUCGUUCCACCCUACAUUCCCUACGAACUCUCUCCUCUCCCGACUUCAAAUACUUUAACCUUCUGAUCACGUCGCCAUGCCUCAUCCACCUAACUCGGCUCUGCCGUUGUCCCAGAGGCUACUGGCCCUGGCACAGACACUACAAUUUGCUUGGUUUGUCGGCCACCUCUCGCUCCUCUUCUGCAUACUCCGCUACAGCUUGUCAUAUCUCACCCUCAACUACUACUCGACCUGGGCCCAAUUUUCGUACCGCACCGCCUUCGUCUCCGCCGCAGCCACCUACGGCAUCGUGGUGUACAAGGCAUUCCGCGCGCGCAACCGCGCCGGCAGCAAGGCCCAGGCAGGUCUCCUCUCCUUGGCCGCGGACGAGAAUGUCCAAUACCUUGUGAUGGCGCUCGUCUGGCUCUUCUCCCCCCAGUAUCCCCUCGCCAUGCUCCCAUUCGGCGUCUACUCCGUCUUCCACGUCGCGACCUACUCGCGCACCAACCUCAUCCCCACCAUCAACCCCCCCGCCGCCAUCGUGCCCCCAACCGGCACCUCGCCCUCCGCGAAGCCAACCUACAAGCCCUCCGCGCUCGCUGAGCGCAUCGGCCACUUCGUGAAGGACUACUAUGACCAGUCCAUGGGCCUCGUGGCUGUCCUCGAGAUCGUGCUGUGGUUCCGCCUCCUCGGCUCAGCCAUCAUCUUCUCCCGUGGCUCCUGGAUCUUGUUGACGCUGUACACGGCCUUCCUGCGCGCCCGCCUCUCUCAGAGCAGCUUCGUCAAGUUCCAGUUCCAGAGCCUGUCUGCACGAGUGGAUGCUCUCGUCGGCGGUCAGGGAAUCCCGCCCGUCGUGAGACAGGUGUGGGAGACUAUCAAGGACGGCGCGAAGCAGUUCCACGAUGUGACUGAUCUUGGCCGAUACGCUGGUCGCAGCCCGGCGCCCGCCAGGAAGACGAACUAGAUCUGGGCGAGGAUCGGACCUUUGUAGAGACUAGGACUGGGGUCGGCGCAGGUCGUGUUGGUGAGCAUGGUCUGCGUUUGUGAUCGCAGGUCGAAUAUAUGGGAUGGGGUGGGAUGUAAGGAACAAAGUGUCUGUGAAAAACUGGUGGGAUAUAUGGGAGGCGCCACGAAGAGGGAGGGAAGGGGUGGUGACACGGACAGCGGACAUUGAGCCGCGUGUUGCCGAUUAUGAAAUUGCAGGGAGAGAGUUUGGGGCGAAGGAAGGGGGUAGUUGCAUUGAGUCAGCGUAUGGGAUGUGUCUCUUUUACUGGAGGGUAGGGUGGGGUUAUUUUGGUGUCCAAGUUCCCAGCUGUAGGCGGUUCCUCGUUGUCAGGGCCGCUUUCGAUGCACUAGAUAUUCAGAAAUAAAACGCCUUC